AGGCCAGCUGGUUGAUGCAAGUUAAGGGACAUUCUGGAGCAUUGUACACACUUUUUCCAGAAGUAAAUUAUUGUACAUGCGCCGCUUUUAGGUAUAUCCAUGUGAAUAAAUUAUCUGAAAACAAUAUCAGGUUCUAACAGAACGGUCUACUUUCACUUGUAAGCACGUUCUGGCAGCUUGGCUGGCCAGUGUUGAUAACGGAAAGUUAUUACACCAACAAUUAACACAAAAACAAUUUGAUAAUUUAUUGCUAUACCAGGUUUCGAAUAAACAUGAUGCCCUCUAAUGCAGAAGACUACAUACUGAUUGCAAAAAUAGGAUUGACAAAUCUGAAGAUUGUAACACAGUUAUUAAAAGCUAUCAACUUUAAGGAGAUAGCUACUUGCCUCGGUAGUAAAAAUGGAUUGAAAAUCACAGUUGAAGAUUCAAAAUGUAUGCAGGCCAGUGCAUAUAUCCCAUCUACAGUUUUCGAUGAAUUUGAAUUAAAGGAGGACGUAACGUUUUCGUUGAGUCUAAACAUAUUAGUGGAGUGCCUUUGUAUGUUCUGGCCCACCACGCAAGAGGAUUCCGUCGUAGUGCAAAUAUUUUACAAAGGCACAGGUUAUCCCGUAAGCGUUAUCAUUGAAGAAGACGGGAUCAUAACGGACUGCUCAUUAAAAACUUUAGAAGUAGACACAUUAUUAGACUUUCAUCUCGAAACGGAAAAUGUCGUUAAUAAAGUAGUAUUGCAAACGGAAUUACUGAAAGAUGUCAUGGCCGAGUUAGAUCCGACUAGCGAACUAGUCGAGUUACGUUUAUCGCCAGAAGAGCCCUUCUUCAGAAUUAGCACGGAGGGCCUAGGCGGCAUAUGUCACAUCGACUUGCCGCACGAUAGUGAUUUAGUAGAUACCUUUCAAUGUGUGUCAACGGCGACGUCAAAUUUCAAACUAGCGCAUAUUAAACCGGCGAUGAAAGCGUUAUCGUGCGCCAACAAGGUUUCCCUAAGAACCAAUAACGCCGGCCUGUUGUGUUUUCAGUACAUGAUUAAAACCGAAAACGGGCACACUUGUUACAUGGAAUAUUACAUAUCUCCAUUACUUAAUAUGGAUGAUUAAACAGUGAUGAUGCACAUCAAGUCAGAAAUGAAUACCUAGAUGGCGAGAUCCAUGUAUAAAAAUUACUUUAAUAAAUAUUUAAAUAUUUUGUAUAUA